AUGGCCACUCCUCCGGAUCCCAGGCAAGACAGCGUCGCCGACGACAUUCGCACCCUUACCACCAUCUUGCAUCGCAUUCGCCCUCAUCUAGCCAGUCCCAUCACCGCACAGACCCUUGUUCUGCCCAAGUCGCUGCAGAGCACCGCCCGGCUGUACAACCACAUCGCCACCGUCCUUACCACUGGACGAGAGAAAAGGGAUUGUGGGGGUGCUGCAGUGCGAGCCAUCUCAGUGACUGGGGCUGUCUCGAAAAGCCAUGGAGCCUCAAUCGUAGUGUCCUCCGACGAGGAUGAGACAGAGACGUCUCAGAAUCCUCGGCCCGCAGCCAAGGGUGCACAUCGCUCGAAUAACCCGCAGGGGGCAAUCGCUAUAAGCCUCUCGAAUCCGAGGGGACACGGCCCAGCUGAGGGCGCUGCGAGAGACCUCUGUGACAACGUUACAGAGUUGUUGGAGGCGUUGCCAUUAUCCGGGCAGGAAUUCCAGCUCUUUGUCAUACAUCGUUCUCUUCCCAAAAUUCGCCAUCGCGUCAAGCUCGAGCGCACUUUCUGGAAGAAGGAUUCGCUUGGAGCGAUCCUCCAUGGUUGGGGACCCCAGCCAGGCGACUCUUUAAUCGACGGCCUCUGGUUUCCCCUUGUCCUCACCUUAGCAGAAGUGUUCGAACAAACAGUCCCGUGUCCGUUGCAGAUCCGAACAUCCGAUGAAGGUUGUCACCGCAAGGAAUGGCUCUGUGAUGCCGCAGGUGCCGCAAACUGGCUCAGGAUGAUACGAAACGCCUUUGUAAAGACCGUCCGUGACGUUGAGGACGCGGUUGGAGCGAAGCUGGAGGAUACCGCCACCAUGGCCGCGGCGGCCAACAUGUCGAGGCUCAAUGCCAUGCUCUGCAACGAAGGCACGCAGUACCUGUUCACCUUACCUUCUCUCAAAGAGAGGAUUGCAUCGGCGACCGUACCUGAUGUACGGUUACCAUCCUACUUUGCACAAUCGCACCCCCGCGUCAAUCUGCUGGACGACGAUCGCGCCUCUUCUGUACAAGUCUUGGAAGCUAUGGAUGAAGUCAGCACCGACAGCGGUGAGGAGAGUGAAGACACCACAGCAAGUUUCGCCCUUCGCUAUAUGCGCUCCAUCGUGGCGUGGGUUCCCGCCUCGAGGUCCGUCCACAGCAAUCUGUCCAAGUUGGUGCGGAGCAGCAUACCCGCGACGAUCCACGUGGUGAACAGCCCGCCUCCCGUGCCUUCGUCGGUGUCGCCACUCGACUCAAUCGCGAGGAAUCUGCCCGCCGCACCGGAAGGACACGCCCGAGCAAAGGCGAGUGCCAUUAUGGAGGAGCUGGGGAUUCCGGAGCAGGUCAGGGGUGCGGUGCACUCGGAGGCCGCGUUGAUGGCGUUCAUCCAUCGCGCCCGGGACCGGGGCGAAGGAUCGCUCGUCUCCAGCCCCGCCGCUCACGACCUGGACGACGCUCUCCAGGGAACUACGGGCGUCAUCGGCUCCGCGGUGAAGUGUUGCUGGUGCUGCGCCUGGCUCGCAGAGCAUCUCGCUCGCCACACGGAUCCGCACCAGACGUUCACGUUCAAGUUCCACGUCGCGGGAUCUCAUGGCAGGAUCGACCCUUGGGCGCCGCCAACCGGCGUGCCGUCUGCGGUCUUGGAGGAGCUGAGGACGGUACUCCAGGAGAAGUUGAGUUCCGCACUCAAGCUCAAGACCUAUGAUCCGACGGCCGAGGGGGUAGCGUCUGAUAGGCGACACGGCGGACCGGCGUCCACAACUACGGACGAAGAGAUUUUCAUGUCGUAUGCUUCGAACCCUGCCCAUGACGAAUGA